GUGAGCAAGACUACUCGGAAAUAUGGAAACUUCCAGGAAUUGGCACAGAAGAAUUAAUAACAGAAGAAGAAGAAAGGAACCAAAUUUUGAAAAAUUUCUAUUCAACCGUAAAAAUAUAUGACG